AUGACAAUGAUUGACUGUGUAAAUAACAAACAUAUUCAAAUCAAUGAUAUAUUAGUAUAUUGGGAGACUGAAAAAGAUGAUUCGUCGUCGCAGUCAUCACAGUCAUCACAGUCAUAUGUCAUUUAUGAAAACAAAAUGAUUAAUGGUAUUGAUACUACACCAAUAUCAUUAAUAUUAAUCAUUUUAAAAGAAUCAAAGAGAUCUAUUAAACUUUAUAAUGAUCUUCUUCUUGUCAUUUCAAAUAGAGAAGAAAUAAUUAAAAUUAUAAAUCAAUUUAAAUCUUCUCCUCCUCCUCCUAUUCAAUCUAAUUUAUUAAAUGAUAUAAAAUUUAGAUUAAAUUUAAAAAAUUAUUAUUUAGAUUUUGUAGAUGGUAUACGGUCAAGAGAAACGAUUUUAAAAUCAUUAUCAACUAUAGUAUUUUUAUACUUUAGUUGUUUAUUACCAUCAAUUGCAUUUGGAGAUUUACAUAGAGACAAUACAGAUUCAAUGUUUAGUGUUGGAAAGACUAUAGUUUCUCAAGGUGCUGGUGGAAUGGUUUUUGCAUUAUUAUCGGGUCAACCAAUGGUCAUUUUAUUGUCAACUGCUCCACUUGCCAUUAUGAUCAAAAUUACCUAUUCCAUCUCUUUGGAUAAUAAUUUGGAUUUUUGGUCAUUUUAUGCAUUAAUUGGAUUAUUUAAUGGUUUAUUUCUCAUUGCCUAUUCAAUAUUUGGUUUAUCAAGAUUAAUGAAAUAUAGUUCAAGAUUUAUUGAAGAAACCUUUUCAACUUUUAUCACUAUCGCAUUUUUAUAUGAUGGUAUAAAACCAAUCAUUAUUUUAUUUUUAAAUUAUCUAUAUCAAUGUGAUAAUAAUUGUGAACCAAUAAUACCAAUAUUUACAUUAUUAUUAUCAUUGUUGACAGUUUGGAUUUGUGUAAAAUUGGCAAAUUUUAAAUAUUCAAUUUAUUUUAAUCGAUCACUGCGUCAAUUAAUAUCAGAUUAUGGUUUAUUUAUUGGUGUCAUUUUAAUUACUACUAUUAGACAUUCAAUCUUUUUACCAUUAAAUAAUAAUCAAAUACCAAAAAUAGUUGAUAGCGAUAUAAAUGAUAUCAUUCAUUUACCAAGUGGAUUUGGACAAUUACCAAGUUGGAGUUGGGUAUUGGCAUUGGUACUUGGAUUCUUACUCUCCCUAUUAUACUUUAUCGAUCAAAACAUUUCAUCCUCAUUGGCAUCACAAAAAAAACAUGGUUUAAAAAAAUGGAAUGGUAUGCAUUUGGAUUUAUUAAUAGUUGGCAUAAUCAAUAUAAUACUUUCAUUUAUUGGUUUACCUUGGGUUCAUGGUGCUUUACCUCAUUCAAGUUUACAUGUUAGAGCUUUGGCAACCAUUAUAAAAAAUGAAAAAGAGGAAGAAAGUUUUAUUUAUGUUCAAGAGACUCGAGUGGCAGCAUUUUUAUCACAUGUUUGCAUAUUUGUAUCAUUAUUCUUUACAAAUAGUGUAUUGACAUUAAUACCAGUUUCAGUAUUAUAUGGAGUAUUUUGGUUUCUUGGUAUUGGUGCUUUAAUUGAUAAUUAA